AUGGAGGGUCAAUGGCGCUCGGAGAUUCCAGAAGAUAUGCGCAAGACAAUGAUUACAGAAAUGUAUCAUGAGCUCGCGCGUAUAUCAGGCGAGGUGGAUAAGCAGAAAGUGUGGGGAUCGGCAGCCAAGUUUGAGCUGAUGUUGUGGUCCAGCAGCCCUGACCGGAACUCGUAUUUAAUGAAAAUGCAGAGAAAGAUUGUGAGUCUCAAGAAAAAGCAGGGUGCCGCCGACGCUAAUUUGAUGGCGAAUGCAAACAAUGUGGCAAUGGCCAAUAAUGUGGCAAUGCCUAACACCAUGAACCCUGCAGUCCAUGGAAUGACUGGCGGGCUUAAUAUGAACAUGAAUGCGGCCAUGAACGCGCAAUUUCAGCAGAACAACGCAGCGGCCAGUCAGGCCAUCAAUAACUUUCAGCAACAGGCGCAAGCGCAAGCACAAGCACAAGCUCAAGCCCAGGCUCAGGUCCAAGUACAAGCUCAGGCUCAGCAGCAAAAUGCCGCAGCGCUAGCUACAAGCAACAGCUUGGGUGCCUCGACGGGUUUUAAUCCAGCAGUCACCGCUGGGUUGAACGCAACUAAUGCCGGUCUGACGGCGACUGGUGCAACACCAACGGUAAACAUUCCGACUCCACCCCAGCAGCAAGCGCAGCAGUGGCUGCAACGCAUUCAAGUGCAGUUCCAAGCCCAGCAGCGUCAGCUGAUGCACACGCAAAAUCAGGAGACGCAGCAGCUUCGACAGCAGCACAUGAAUCAGCAACAGCAGCUUUCUCAGCAGCAGCAACAGCAGGGUGUUGCCCCUGACAUGCGUCGGCAGCAACUGCAGACGUUGCAACAGCAGCAUCAACUUGCGCGAACCCGACUGCAGCAUCUGCAUAAAAGCAAGCAACAGCAGCUACAGAGGAAGCAACAGCAAUAUUUGAUGCAGAAGCAGCAUCAGCUUCAGCAGCAACAACAACAACAACAAGGUUCGGUUGCAGCGACAACAGCUGCGGCUUCCGCAAACAGUGCUUCCUCCACGGCUAUGAUGGCUGCUACCCAAGCUGGUGUGACGUCGUCCUCGCUGUCCCUUCCUAAUGCGACAACUGUGCAGACGGCAGCCCCGAUAGUCUCAACUACACAAGGAGCGACGGCACUACCAGUUGCUCAGCGUGGAGUAAAACCGGAGCAACUUGCGGCUGCACACAACCAACAGGCAGCAAUGCGAGAGAUGCAACGUGCUCAAAAUACAGCCCAGAUACACGCGGACAACACAUUACCUCAUCAGCUUCCCAACGGCAUUGCAGCGACCACAACAUUGGCAACGCCUACUAUUGCAGCGACGACAGCGUCGGCUACAGCGACAAGUGCUGGUGGCAGCAACCAAACGUACGUGGAGAGGCUGAAGGAGACAAAGGAGAAAUAUUGGGAUGAUUUGGUGAUCGUGUAUCGUGAGUUUGAGCGCAUGGUAAAACAAAAGCCAGCGAACCAGCAGCAAGAGCGCAUUAACACCUUUCUCGUGAACCUGAAGCGCAUCAUAGCGCUGUUGCAGCAGGAUCCGUCAAAAGUUACAAGCAACAACAACAAUGACUUGGACCGUGUCGAGGCACAUAUUCAAAAGCAAGUGCUACCCAUUCUGGAACGAUUGAAAACGAAAACACGUGCUGUUGCGGCGGCGGCCGGAAGCAAUAGCUUGGCAGCGGCUCAGCAAGAGCAGCUGAAGAAAAACCAGGAAGCACAGCGGCUAGCGCAGCUGCAGGAACAACAGAAAAAGAUGCAAGAGCAGCAAAAGGCGGAGGCUCAGCGCAAGCUUCUUGAGGAGCAGAAAAAGAAGCUACAGCUGGAGGCAGCAGCAGCAGCUGCCGCUGCCAAGAAACAAGAGAUGCUGGAGCAACAACGCAAACAAAAGCAGAAGCAACUGCAGGCGCAGCACGCUCAGCAACAAGCUAUUUUACAGCAACAACAGCGGCAGCGAUUGCUGGCUCAACAGGCGCAGUUAAAGGCUCAGAACCAAAUGCGCAUGAACGCAGCAGCUCCGCAGCAGGCGAUGACAGCUACGGGGGCCGUAGGGGCAACCCCUGGUACUAUACUGAGUGGGAAAGACGAUCAGGCAACCACAAGUACGACCAAUGGGACGGGUGUGUCACCGACUAACGCGGGAGCUUCCUUACAGACUCUGAUUGACGUAUCAGCUUCACUAUCACCUGGAGGAACCAAUGCAUCGAACAGAGCAGCGUCGUUAACCCCUGCGCAGUACCGAACAUUCAAGCUUUCUGAGGCGCGCAAGCAACAAUUGACGGCCCAGCAUGCUAAGCUGCGUGAACAGCAGCAAGAGCUGAUAAUGCAGCAAAGCCGAGCCAAAACACCGUCACAUCAGGCGAAACUUGCGCAUCAGGCUCAACGCCUUGCGCAGAUGACCAACAAAAUCUCGCAGCAGUUGGUGCAGUGCAAGCUAGCAGAGGAAUAUGAACAGUCCAAGAGUACGGGUAUGGCGACAGCUGUAUCGCAGCCGACGCUGCCGCAGUCUACAGCAUUGCCAACUACGCUUGACAAGGCUACAACCAUAAAGCCUGAGAUUGUUGCUUCCACUAAUGCCAAGCCAGCUGGAAACAGUCUCACGACAUCAGCUACUGGAGUGACAGCACCGGUUGCCACCCCUGCUGCCACGAAGGUUGAAAACGUGACAGUCAAUGCUGUUGACGUCACUGCUCAGGGACCAAGUGCAAAAAUGAAGGAAACUUUCGAGUCAGUAUUACCCGAUAUGACCGGACUGGGUGCUUCCGAAAAGCUGUUGACUGCCGUAGCUGCUUAUGAAAAGCACAAACCGGAUGUUCUGAAGCGAAGUGCGUUGCGGUUUUCUCGCAUUGCCGUGACCAUUGGUGCCAAGCUCAACACGUCCUACGUGACCAUUUAG